AAAAUAUGUAACGUAUUUAAUUAACGUUUCAUUAAUUGUUUUUAUUAUAGUAGUAGGUAUUAAUACUUUGUGAUCGAGAAUGAUAAAAACAAAAGAAAUAAAGGAAGAGUCCCAAAUGCCAAGAUGGCCCACAUUUUCAGUAAACACGCAAUCUUGUCUGGUCAUAUUGAUUUUUAUUGUUUAGUUUGCGAAAAUCGUUUUUUGACAGUAGAAGAUACAAUUAAACAUAUUAUAACUGAUUUUCAUCAACAGCAAUUAGGGAAAACAAUAUAUGAGUCUAAAGAUGAUGGCAUUAAAAAGAUUAAACUAUGGUAUUUCUGUGAAUUUUGUAGUAUAGUCUUGAAAACCAAAGCUAAAGUAAGACUACAUAUUGUGGAAACACUGCAUGUUGCAAACAAAGUGGACCAGUUUAUCAAAAGAUAUGGAAAUGUUUUAAUUGCGUUUGAUGAUGUACACAUUGAUAAUGAUGCCUGGGAAGGUUUGUGUGAUAGCACAUGCAUUCUGUGUAACAAUGAGUAUGAAGAUGUUUCAGAACACUUAAAAGAUCCCAUACAUCAUAUAAACUUUAUGCAAAGUAAUAUUGAAUUUAAAAACAAAAAUAUUUUCCGUAUGGUGGAUGAGACUUCAUUUCAUUGUAUUACCUGUAAUUCUCAAGAAGCCUUACCAGUUAAUACACAUUUUGAUGCAUCACAACAUAAAGAUGUGUAUUUAAAAUGUCAAAUGUUAGCAGCUAAACUCAUUGAAGAUCAAAACAAUGGUGAGAAAUUAUCACCUACAGAAAAUGAAGUUCAACAAAAAAUUGAUAUUCCUGAACUUGCUAGUAAGGAAAAAGCAAUACCUUUGGAUAUACAAACAGAUCUACUAAAAAUGCAAAAUGAAGAAGUAGAAAUGUAUUUUCCUAUACCAUUGCCUGAGCCAGAAAAUACUAAUGAAAGUAUCAUGAUACAUAAAAAAUCUGAUCAUCCUGAAGAAAUUGUAAAUAAUACAGUUGAAACAAGGGUUUACACAAUUAAGAAUACUGUAUAUAAUAUAAAAGAAGAAGAAGAACUAAUCUGUGAAGUUCUCAAAGCUGAUAACUAUAUUACUAAAAAUGAUAAGGAGUCCAAAUGGUGUAUUUUAUGUGAUUGGGUUAUGAAUUCAUCAGAUAUUUAUGGACAUAUGACUAGUGUACACCAUACAAACAUUCUUAAACUACAUAAAAUGCGUAUUCAAAAUUCAAACAACCACAAAAAUAAAAACAAUACUUCUGUUGAACAAAAUAAAUCUUUAAAACCAUCAAACAUAGACACUGCAAAUGAAAACUUUCAGGAAAAAUUUGACAAAAUUGUAAAUGAAGUGCCACAACAGGACUCUGCAUCAACUAAACCUCAACAUAAAGUGAAUAAUGCUGAUGAACCAGAUAAGCCAAACAAUAAUUCAAGUAUUGUUGAUUCUUUAAAAAGAUUCCAGGAUAAUCAUAUUAAUAUUAACCUUGCUAAUAUGACAGUGUUUUGUAGACUAUGUUCCACAAAAGUUGAUUUUGAUUAUAUUUCAAUUGAAGAACAUAUUAAUCUACAUGAGAAAAAGGUUAACAAGUCAGUUCCAAAAGAAAAUUCCAAACAAAUUGAUGAUGAGUUUUGUCAUACACUAUUGACUGAGGAUGACUUAGCACUUAUGAUAUCAAAACAAUUUCAGAGUGAUGAUAUUAGUAUUAAUUUUGAGACAAAGCAGGUGACAUGCAAGAAAUGUUCUAUAAGUUUAGCUUUUGAUUACAAAACCGUAAAAAGUCAUAUUUUAACAGAACACUUAGGCAACCAUAAAGAUAGUCAAAAGUCAAAACAUGAAAGUAGUUCACUACUAAAUCUAACUCCUCAAAUAGAUGAAGAAGAAAACUAUGCAAACAAACACAACUUUAAACAUACACCAGAUCAGAAUUUAGUUUUUUGUGAAAUAUGUAAAACACAAGUAAUAUUUGUCUUAAAGGAUAUGAUCGAUCACAUACAUUCAAACUCACACAAAGCGCAAGUUGAAGCAAAUAAAACUAAAAUUGAAACUAUACCUUUAAAUUUAUUCAUACAAACAUUAGUAACAGUAGAAAAUAGCAUUUUCAAAGAUCACAUUAUAAACAAUGAAUUUUGUGUGAAUGUACUGAGUUUUAUCUUGCUUACUAGUAUUCCAGAAGUGAAUAUGUUUAAAUGUCUAUGUUGUGAUGUGUAUCUCCGUGAAGACGAGUGGUUGUCGCAUUCAAAAUCAAAAGAUCAUCUCGACGUGCUAACUAAUAUGAAACUUGUGAUCAAUAUAAAAGAUGAAUUUAUUCGACAGCUACCCUCUAGUCUCUUUCACUGUGGGUUUUGCAAUAUAUUGGUUAACUGUUGGCAAGAGGUGAUAACUCAUUUAAGUACAGUAUCCCAUAAACAGUGUAAAAUUUCAGCAAAAGUCAGAUUACAGUCAUAUAGUUCAUCAAUUGCUGAUUAUGAGGGUAAAGUGAGUAAUGAAUCAAGAUUUAUUUAUGAAAUUAUGUUAAAAUAAUUUUUUCAUGUAAUACAUUAAAAAAUCAUAUUUUUUAUGAUUAUAACAAUUCUUAAACCAAAAUGAAAUAAUGUACAGUUUAAAACUUAAAAAUUAGUUUUGUAUAAAACAUUUUUGGUUCCCAAAUUUUACCAGAACACUGCGACAAUAUUAUUUCAAGAGAUAAAUAUGAAGAUUUAAUGUAUGCAAUGUAUUUAAAUAAGAUUAGUUAUAUAUGUACUUAGUUUUUGUACCUGUAGUUUGUUACUCUACUGCUCUGCAGGUAUACUGUGUAAACCGAUUUCCAAGUUUUGCAAACUAACAAAGUAUGAUCCUAAACCAAUAAACGACGAAAGUCUAGUUAUUAUUUGAGAAAACGAUUCAGAUUUUAAGUAUAUAUAUGAUAUAAAAAUCAUGGUCUACAUAUCAGUAUAAACAACACUGGUUUUAAUGUAUUAUCUGGAGUGUAGUUUUGUAUAUUUUUUUGUGUACACAACUUGGUAAAAUUGUAAGAAAUUAGAUUAUACUGACUUUUGUUAAUAGUUUUUAAUUAUACUACAAUUGUUAAAACUCGUUUGGUCAACGUGGAAAUGUUGCCAGUUAUGAUAAAAAUAAGCUAAAGCUCGAAACGACUCUUUGUAAGAUAUUUUAACUUGUCAUAAAUAAAAACUUAAUCAAUA